AUGCUAACAAUGGAUAAGUGCCAACACAUUGGGCAGUUGCGGCUUGCUCAAGACCAUUCCAUCCUCAACCCGCAGAAAUGGCAUUGUGUGGACUGCAAUACAACUGAGUCGAUUUGGGCUUGCCUUAGCUGUUCUCAUGUUGCGUGUGGAAGAUAUAUUGAAGAACAUGCACUCAGGCACUUUCAAGAAAGCAGUCAUCCUGUUGCAUUGGAGGUGAAUGAGAUGUAUGUUUUUUGUUACCUCUGUGAUGAUUAUGUUCUUAAUGAUAAUGCAACUGGAGACCUAAAGUUACUACGAAGUACAUUAAGUGCAAUCAAAAGUCAAAAUUAUCACUGCACCACUCGUAGUGGAAGGGUUUUACGGUCUGUGGGUACAAGUGAUGAUUCCUAUUUCUUACAUGAUGGCACCCAAUCUCUGCUUCAAAAUGAAGACCAAAUGUAUACUGCUCUUUGGCACAGGAGAAGGAUACUCAUGGGUAAAAUCUUUCGAACUUGGUUUGAGCAGUCACCCAUUGGAAGAAAAAGGCAAGAACAAUUUCAGGAGAAAUUAGCAAAGAGAGAGGUGAAGAAAAGACGACAAGAACUAUUAGAACAUCAAGCUAAAGCAGAAUUAGAAAGUAUGCCUCCCAGAAAGAGUUUACGUUUGCAAGGUCUAGCUCAGUCCACCACAGUAGAAAUAGUUCCUGUACCGCUGCAAACCUCAGCAUUGCCAGCAAAAGAUAAAGUAGUAUCUACCUCAGAAGAUGUAAGAUUGAAAGAGGCUGAUGACUCCUCUGUUAAACGAAGGCCAACAGUAACUCCUGGUGUAACAGGAUUGAGAAAUUUGGGAAACACUUGCUAUAUGAAUUCUGUUCUCCAAGUAUUGAGUCAUUUACUUAUUUUUCGACAAUGUUUUUUAAAACUUGAUCUGAACCAAUGGCUGGCUGUGACAGCUAGUGAUAAAACAAGAUCAUCUUAUAAGCAUCCUCCAGUCACAGAUACAGUAUCUCAAAUGAAUGAAUGUCAAGAAAAAGAGCCAUAUUCUGUGCACUUCAGACAUCCAAGUUUAUCAUCAGGACUAAGUGGCGGAGCACCAAAGAGUAGAAAGAUGGAACUUAUUCAGCCAAGGGAGCCAAGUUCACAAUACAUUUCUCUUUGUCAUGAACUGCAUACUUUGUUCCAAGUCAUGUGGUCUGGAAAGUGGGCCUUGGUCUCACCAUUUGCUAUGCUACACUCAGUAUGGAGACUAAUUCCUGCUUUUCGUGGUUAUGGCCAACAGGAUGCUCAGGAAUUUCUUUGUGAGCUUUUGGAUAAAAUACAACAUGAACUAGAGACAACUGGUACCAAGUUACCAGCUCUUAUCCCUACUUCUCAAAGGAAACUUAUCAAGCAGGUUCUGAAUGUUGUGAAUAACAUUUUUCACGGACAGCUUCUUAGUCAGGUUACAUGUCUUGCAUGUGACAACAAAUCAAAUACCAUAGAACCUUUCUGGGACUUGUCACUGGAAUUCCCAGAAAGAUACCAAUGCAGUGGAAAAGAUAGUACUUCCCAGCCGUGUCUGGUUACUGAAAUGUUGACUAAGUUCACAGAAACUGAAGCUUUAGAAGGAAAAAUCUACAUGUGUGACCAGUGUAAUUCAAAACGUAGAAGGUUUUCCUCAAAACCAGUUAUACUCACAGAAGCACAAAAACAGCUUAUGAUUUGCCACCUACCUCAGGUUCUCAGACUCCAUCUGAAACGAUUCAGGUGGUCAGGACGUAAUAACCGAGAGAAGAUUGGUGUUCAUGUUGGCUUUGAAGAAAUCUUAAACAUGGAGCCCUAUUGCUGCAGGGAAUCCCUGAAGUCCCUCAGACCAGAGUGUUUUAUGUAUGACUUAUCUGCUGUGGUAAUGCACCAUGGGAAGGGAUUCGGCUCAGGACACUACACUGCCUACUGUUACAAUUCUGAAGGAGGGUUCUGGGUACACUGCAAUGAUUCCAAGCUAAGCAUGUGCACUCUGGAUGAAGUACGCAAGGCCCAAGCUUAUAUCUUGUUUUAUACCCAGCGAGUUACUGAGGGACAUUCUGAACUCCUGCCUCCAGAACUCCUGAAUGGUAGCCAACAUCCCAGUGAAGAAGCUGAUACCUCUUCUAAUGAAAUCCUUAGCUGAUCCAAAGACAGUGGGGGUUUUCUUCUUGUGAUUUGUAUGUAUACUUUUUAAAAGGGCUGACUUAACAAUUGUGGGCUUCACUGUUUUUAGUUUUACUUACUAAUCAGUGCACACUGUGUUUACACAUUUUGUAUCUAACUGCAACAGAUCUUUUUACAGAGAUGAAGUUAGCUUAAGUAUAUGCGUAUCAAUGUCAGUAGGUAAUUUUUGUUAAAUACUUGGGAGUUUUAAACUUUUAGUGUUUACCUCAGACUGAUGUUACCUCUUUCUUGUGUUUUGAUGUCUUAAUUGGCUCAGAUCAUGAAUUUGUGCAAUCUUCUACUGAAGAAGUUCAGAUGGCAUCAUUUUAUACAUUUAUCUUUUAUAGUUAUUUUCUAUACAAACUCUUAUCAGACAGAUUAAACUUGCUUCACUAAGUCUUACCAGAAAAAGGGCAUUUCUUUCAGAUUGGUGUAUCAGUUCAACUACUGCAAAGUGAAAUAUUACCUACUCAUCUCAAUACCCCUGAGGCUUUGUGUGUGACAGGACUCAAUAGACUUUACUUUGUUAAACAGAACUUCAAGUUUGUUGUAAAAAUUAUUUUUUACUUGGCAUAGUCAAACUGUUAUACAAAUGAAGAUGACAGCUUUAUAAAUAGCAUGUUUAAAUGGCUUUAGUACUAUGGACAUGAAAAUAAUAAUGGCUGAGAUAUUAAUAAUAGUGAUUUGUCUGACAGCAAAUGUUUGUCCAAAUUCUAAUAAAGCAGUCAUUAAAAAAAAAAAAUGAAUGUAGCAAACAGUAUAUUAUGGUGUAAUACAAGUACAGUUCAGCUUGGAUAUGAGUUCAUUUUAUAUAUUUAACAUUAGAUCUCUUAAAGUUUUGUACUAUUGUAUCUUAAGAUUUUUGGUUUAAAGGGAUAGAAAUCAGACUUGAAGAGAAAAAAACUGCAUAGGACAGAGAAUGUUCAAAAUUGGCAUUUGAGCAAAAUGUUCAGCAUCUCACUUAGAAUAAGUAACUAAAGCCGCAUUAAAUUGCUCUUGCUAGUAUUAUAUGACUACUAAAAGCCUCUUAGAUAUUCUAACAUUGGGUCCUUUUUGAAAUUAAAAUCACACUUGCAUUUUAUUAAAAAAAAAUAUAGUAUGAAAUACUCAUUGCUCUUCCCUA